ACCUAAGCCGUGAAUGUAAAAAGUUUAAUUAUAAAAUAAAAAACGUCUUUUAUUCAAAAUGAUGUGUAAAGUGCGUAAACCUAUAAAUAAUUUAUUAUAAUAUUGAUAUCAAACACACUAAUGUUAUUGUCCUUGUCGCGCCAGAUUUGAGGCUAAUUGAUGAGUCACACCUGACAAAAUUCAUUUCGUUACGUAGGUAUCCAAAUAAUUAAUAAUUAAAAGAAAAUUUUUAUUCAAAGUAGGUACACGGAUAAGCGAUAAAAAAAAAACAUAGGUAGGUCCGCACGGCCUUCUAGGUAAAACCCGGCUAAAUUUAAAAUAGACUGUCGACGUAGAAAAAUACGAAAUGUUGUGUUGUCGCUAAAUCAGCCGCAUAGUUGAUAAUCGGGUCGCGAGUGAUGUCAUACGGUGGCUUAAUUUUAAAAGUGACGUAUUCACCUAUUCCGACGAGUAUAGCGGCAAUGUGCACACGGCUACAAUCCAAGUAAUCGAAGUGAUAAAAAUUAUAUGUACAAUAUAAUAAUAACUACGUGAAAACAUGACUUAUUUUCACUCCGUAAACGCCGGUGUCAUUCCGCCACCGGCUCUGACGGACAAGCUCCGUCUGUACCAUGUCGACAUGAACCCGUACGGUCACAGGGUGCUCCUCGUCCUCGAAGCCAAGCGGAUCAAGUAUGAGGUUUACAGGCUCGACCCGCUGAGGCUGCCGGAGUGGUUCCGUGCGAAGAACCCCAGAUUGAAGAUUCCGGUGCUGGAGAUUCCUACGGACCAGGGGGACAGGUUCCUCUUCGAAAGCGUCGUGAUCUGCGAUUACCUGGAUGAGAAGUACACGAGGCACACGCUCCACUCCCACGACCCUUACGUCAAGGCCCAGGACCGGUUGCUGAUCGAAAGAUUCAACGAGCUCAUAAAAGGCAGCCUAGAAUGCUUCGACACGAACUUCGCUUUCGGAAGUGAGCAGAUAAUUCAGACGCUGGAGAUCUUCGAGAAGGAGUUGACUAACAGAGGUACAAAUUACUUCGGCGGUAACCGACCUGGAAUGCUGGACUAUAUGGUCUGGCCUUGGGUCGAGAGGCUGUACCUCCUGAGGUGUGUCAACGAUAGAAAAUUCGUGGAGAAGAAAUCGUUGUUCCCUAAUUUCGCGGACUGGGGUGAUCAAAUGCAACUAGAUGAUAUCGUUAAGAAGCACGCGCAUUCGCCUCAAGAGUAUUUCGAUUACUACAAAAACGCUAGAGCGCAUUCUAUGGGCUAUUAUUUGUAGAUUCGAACCAUUAAUCCGGUGGGGUCCUCUCUCGUCCUGGCCACGGAAACGUUUACUUAGAAUAUGAAUGUCGAAACUGGACUUGUUAUUGUGUGGCUGUAUGGCUCUUGAGCCUGAGAAGAGACUUAUUAAAAAAAAAAAACUGGCCGCCAUUUUGUUUUCCUUAAGGGAUUACGGAGAGUUGUUAUCUGAAUCUAUUAUAAUUUAUAUUACGGAGGGUGCAAUGGAAUCUGUAAUAUCUUAUAGAAAAACGUCAGCCUAAAUGAAUUAAAUAAUAGUUCGUAUUACGAAUUUUAAAUUGUCUAUA